CCUCUCAUUUCGACGACGAUGAAGCAAGGGACUACGCAGGAAACCGUCCAAGGACUUUUGCGUAACACCACCAGGCAUCCACCACAUACAUCACCUCUCCCCUCCCCCGCCCUACCCCAUCCACACUCCACCAUCACCCACCCUCUCAACCGCCUCAUCAACCUCAUCCCCAUCAUGUCUACCACUCCCUCCCAACCCUCAGAUCCAUCCAGCCCCCCCUGCCCCGUCGUGAAGAAAUUCGCCCCUCGCAGCGGAUACACCCUCCACCGCCUCACCUCCGCCACUCCAUUCGUCUGCUCCCGAUGCAACAACGCGAAGAAAGCGAAGCUCGUGGCUCUUGCCGCGCACGAGGGCCGGUGGGACCAGUUGUGCUGUAAUGCGUGUUAUGGAGAGCUGCUCUCGAAGGGGGGGUCUUGAAGGGGUAGGAUAGGUAACAUUGUUCCAUGGGAUGCUGGAUCGAUUGGGUCAAAGGUACGGAGUAUCAUGAUGCGGGAUUGGAAUGGACGGUGUUCGGAGACGAAGGGGCAUGAGCUUGAUCGACGUCUAAUCUACGAUGGACAACUCCAGUGGUUUUUUCCCUGUUUUACAGACCGAGGCAUGAUCGUAUUGUGGGCAGUUACAUAACUAUCAAUUUCAGCCUUUGACGUUCG